UUUGCAAACAAUUAAAACAAAGAAAAGUAUUAUACUUUUUAUUUAAUCUAUAUACACACUUGGUUGGAAAGAAAAUAUUUGUUAUGACAUCAAUGUUGUAUUGUGUGUGCAAUAAAGAAUAUGAGGAAGGGCAAUUUAUGAUUGAAUGUGGAAAAUGUGGUGAAUGGUUUCAUGGGUCUUGUGUUGGAAUUGAAGAGUACCAAGCACAAGAUAUUGAAGAGUAUCACUGCACUAAGUGUGAAUUGGUUCAUGGACCAUUAGUGUACUCGUUUGUCGAUGCUACAUAUGAAAAUGGUGUUGUAAUUGACGCGAAGGUGAAAAAACGACGAAAUGUUAGUCAACAUAAUUACAAAGAAAUACAUGAAGGAACAAAGCAAAUCUCUGCAGGGUCAGUCAUGUUUAUACGCCAGCUGAAAACAAAAAAAUUUAUUGAUUGCAAAAAUGUCAUUCGAUUUUUAAACAAUGGUAAUUCCUUUGAUGUCAACUAUUUGCAGCAGCAUGGCUUUGAUGUUCCUAUUCUUGUAAAAGAAAAAACUGGACUUGGUCUUGUUGUCCCUCCUUCAAACUUUACUGUUUAUGAUGUUGAAAAGAGGGUAGGACCUUUAUUUGACCUUCAUGUGAUAGAUGUAGCCAAGCAGGAAGAUUUAAGAAUGAAGAUGCGUGAGUGGACUGAAUACUUUAAUAGCCCUAUUCGUGGAAGAGUAUUGAAUGUUAUAAGUUUAGAAUUUUCUAAAACAAGCCUUGAUGAAUUAGUAACAGCACCAGAGAUUGUUCGUAAUAUGUCUUGGGUAGAAAACACAUGGCCAAAAGUUAUAACUGAAGAAAAUUCUCACACACCCCCUGCUGUGAUGAAGUACUGUCUAAUGGGGGUAAAAGAUUGUUAUACAGACUUUCAUGUGGAUUUUGGUGGUACAUCAGUGUGGUAUCAUUUACUACAUGGUGAAAAGGUGUUUUAUUUUAUUGAGCCAACAAAAGUAAAUUUAAAAAAGUUUGAACAAUGGGCAUCAUCCUCUGACCAAAACCAAGUAUUUUUUGGUGAUAAAGUUGACAAAUGUUAUAAAAUUUCUUUGCAAGAAGGAAAUACAAUAUUCAUUCCUUCAGGAUGGAUUCAUGCUGUACUCACUCCAAAGGACUCCCUUGUGUUUGGUGGUAAUUUUCUUCAGACGUUCAGUAUUUCACAGCAGUUAAGUAUUUAUUAUCUGGAAAAGAGGUUAAUGACACCUUUAAAGUUUUUGUUUCCUAACUUUGAAACUUCCAACUGGUAUGCAGCCCAAGCAAUAUUAAAAAAGAUGAAAGAUAUUCAUGGUGCUGGUUAUAAGAUUCCUUCAUUUUUAUUGGAUGGUGUUCAGGAUCUAAUUGUAGCCCUUAAACAGUGGAUCAGCAAAAAAGAUGAGUUUACUAAGUUUCAUAAGCUUCAAAUACCAGCUGAUAUAAAUCCAUCUAAACUGAUCAAAGCAUUAGAAAAAGAAGUCAAGGAAGAUGUUAAUAAAAAAGAUGCCUUUCCUGACAGUUUGUUAUCUCCUGCAUAUAUGUCACCUGUUCAGAUGUUAAAAUUAAAGAUUAAAAAGUCAGUUAAUGAAACCACAAAAUCUUCAUCUGAUGAUGACUCAGACACUGAAAAGUCUUUGAAUGAUGACUCAGACACUGAAAAAUCUAUGACAAAGAGGAGAAAGAAAAGAAGAAUGUGUGGUAAAAAUAAUACCCCUUCAAAAUCCAAAAGUUUUAACAAUGAUUCCAUUGAUCAUUCAGAAAGAAGCUACAGUGAUUUAAAAGUGAAUUUUUCCAACAAAACUUUGUCUGUGUUAAACGAUGAAGAUACAAAAGUUGGAGCUAUUAAGUUGAGGUUAUCUUUGCCUUCAAUAAAAACUGGAAAUGAUUUAUAUUCAACAGUUGAAAAUGCAUCUUCAAGGACUGAUCGCUCUAAAACAGAUAUAAAGGAAGAAAUUGAAGCUGCUAAAAGAGAUACUUUUAUGGAAUUAGAUCCAGCAAAAAACAAAGUUAUUUUUUUCUACAAAGCCAAAUGUUGAUGAUCCUACUGUUAAACCUGUCACAUUUGCUCUUUCUAAACCAUCACAGAAAAAAAGCUCAUCAACAAAUAUACACUGUGAAAAUAAUGUCAAAAACACUGUACAAAAAAAAGAAAUAAAAAAAACUAAAAAACGAUCUAAUUCAGAAUCAGGUUCCGAUUAUGAUCCAAGUGUUGAUAAUUAUUACCAGGAUGAAGAUUACGUAUACCCACGCAUUGAUGUAACGAGUGAGUUAAAUAGUGAUGAUUUUUCAUGGAGGCCUGGGCAGAGAAAACCAUCAAAAGUAGUUCACAAAAAAAAAAAGAACAAUAUUCCAGCUGAUCAUUCAAAACCUUGUUCUGAAAACUUUUUUCCAUCGGAUGAAGAUUUGUCUAAUCACGUUGAUGACUUGAAGAAAUCAAAACAGGAAUUUACAAAACCUGCUCCAGAAAAACCUAAAAAAGGCUUUGCGACAGCAAAACAACGUCUCGGUAAACUUCUAAAUUUACAUAAAACUGGUUCAAGAUAUAUUCGAAAAUAGAUUUGUUUCAUUUUAAAACAAUAUGGUUAUUUAUGUUGAAAUUUAAAUUAAUAUGUAUAUAUAAAUAAAUUAUAUUUCAUCAAAUAUUGAGUGUAUAUUAUAUUAGAAUUCGAUGAUAAACUUCUUUUGUGGUUUAUUGUAUGAAUGUAUCUUUUUUAUCAAGGUUUUUUCUUUA